AUGUUUUCCGCGAUCCAAGCCAUACACAAAUUCCAGCGUCGCGGAUCAGCGAUCCAAAAGGAUCUCAACCGCUGUGAUACCGAGAGAUGCGCGUGGGCCGGCCCUCCAUUAAAUACGCUCUAUGCCGGCGUCUCGCUGCAGUUUGUCAAUGAAAAAGCAGCAGCGGUCGUCGCCAUUGCCAUUCGCGAUACUACGUAUCUGUUAGACUUCUAUGAGCAACAUUUUGGAACUCAGCUCGACCAACAGCUCACGAAUAAAGAAGUGGCCGACUUCAUUAUUGCCCGGCUUCGGGAAUAUAGCGAAGAACAUGACGAACGCUUUACGGGGAUAGGAAUGCCUGAAGAUGUCGCAACUCGUUACCCCGAACUGUGCUCACGCUUGUGGCAUGAGUUGGACAUAGUACCCAUAGCAUUUCCUGAAGGUGUUCCGCUUUUUGCUUCCUCUCAGUAUACAGAUCCCACCAAGUGGGACACUAAAUCUAUCGAUGAACUUGCCGAAGCGAUGUCUCGAAGAUGUGUGAGAUUUUUCGGCCCAAGUAACAAUCCAAUCUUGGACGUCGGCUUCCAGGGGUUAGUGGAAGUUGAUUGCGCAUUCCGCAUUCGUAUGGCUUCGUUGAGUGAUUACCAACCCACCGUUGGACCUACCACCUGGAGGGCUAUACAUCAUUAUGCUGCAGAAAUCAAGGAGCGCAACAUUAAGAUCGCUUUCUUUAGUGCAACACCUCAGGGCGGAGGCGUUGCUCUCAUGCGGCACGCUCUUGUUCGGUUUGCGCGGACAUUAGGUGUCGACAUCAAGUGGUAUGUUCCCAAGCCGCGUCCUGGAGUAUUUCGUAUUACCAAGACGAACCACAACAUACUGCAAGGCGUAUCUGCUCCAGAAGAGCGGUUUACUAGCGACCAUCAACAACUCAUGGAAGAUUGGUUGCAAGACAAUGCCAACAGAUAUUGGCUGUCAUCGGGUGGUCCUUUGCAGUCACCAUCGGAAGGGGGCGCUGAUCUUGUCGUUGUGGACGACCCUCAAAUGCCUUCCCUCAUCCCCAUAGCGAAGAAGUCAGCGCCGGACAGGCCAGUGAUAUUCCGCAGUCAUAUCCAAAUUCGAAGUGAUCUUGUAGAAAAACCUGGCACCCCACAAUUCGAAGCAUGGCGAUGGUUGUGGGAUCACAUCAAAUUAGCGGACAUCUUCAUCAGCCAUCCAGUAGACGCCUUUGUCCCGGCAACCGUACCUAAGGAAAUAGUAGGCUAUAUGCCUGCUACUACAGAUUGGCUUGAUGGUCUUAACAAGACUAUGCGUAAUUGGGAUAUAGCCUCAUAUGGGCGCAACUUUAAUACACUCUGCCGCCACAGCCACACAGCGACUAUCAAUUAUCCAGAUGAUGAAUAUAUCAUUCAAGUCGCGCGCUUUGAUCCAUCCAAAGGGAUAAUCGAUGCCCUCAAGGCAUAUGCGAAGUUUUAUGAGCUCAUCAAACAAAACGCAAUUCAUAUCCAGCCACCCAAGCUUUUGAUAUGCGGUCAUGGAUCUGUUGACGAUCCUGAUGGGAAUGCAAUUUAUGACGUCGCGUUUUCUUAUUUGAAAGACCACCUUUCCCAUUUGUCAGACUUCGUCAGCAUUAUACGUCUGGGACCGUCAGACCAAAUGCUCAAUGCUCUUCUUUCCAAGGCAAAAAUUGCCUUGCAGCUCUCUACCCGAGAAGGCUUUGAAGUGAAAGUAUCCGAGGCGAUCCACAGGGGCAAGCCUGUCAUUGCAAGUAGGGCGGGCGGAAUACCACUACAAGUGCAAGACCACAAGAAUGGGUUUUUGGUUGAAAUUGGCGAUGCAGACGCUGUUGCACAGCAUCUGUAUGACCUUUGCACCGACGCCGAGUUGUAUGACCGCAUGAGCCAGGCAGCCUUGGAGACAGUCAGCGAUGAAGUCACCACUGUAGGAAAUGCGUUGUGCUGGCUGUAUCUCGCUUCACAGCUGACUGCUGGCAAGAGUGUGAAGCCCAACGAGGAAUGGAUCAAUGAUAUUGCUAGGAAAGAGGCGGGUGUGCCUUAUGAGAAGGGCGAGAAUAGGUUGAAGAGGGCCGUUAAAGUCGAGAAAAUGGGAUAA